GGUCCUUUCUAGACUUCCAUAAUCAUGACAAAAGAAAAUAUCACUGAAGUGACUGAAUUUUUUCUUCUGGGGUUUGGUGCCCAAAACAAGUUUCGAGACCUCCUCUUCAUUGUAUUUCUGGUCAUCUAUGUGACUUCCAUGGUGGGUAAUAUUGGAAUGAUCCUACUCAUCAAGACAGAUUCCAGACUUCAAACACCCAUGUACUUUUUCCUACAACAUUUGGCUUUUGUUGAUAUCUGUUAUACCUCCGCUAUCACUCCCAAGAUGCUGCAAAACUUCAUAUUAGAAAACAAAUCUAUAUCCUUUGAGGGCUGUAUAAUGCAAUUAUUGGUUUAUGCAACAUUUGCAACCAGUGACUGUUACCUUCUGGCUGCUAUGGCAGUGGAUCGUUAUGUAGCCAUCUGUAACCCACUUCACUACCCCAUAAUCAUGUCCCGAAGAGUCUGCAUCCAACUGGUAGCUGGUUCAUAUGUCAUGGGUUCAAUAAAUGCUUCCGUGCACACAGGUUUUACAUUUUCACUGUACUUCUGCAAAUCCAAUACCAUCAAUCAUUUUUUCUGUGAUGUUCCCCCAAUUCUUGCCCUUUCAUGCUCCAACAUUGACAUCAACAUCAUGCUCCUUGUUGUCUUUGUGGGAUUUAACUUGAUAUUCACUGUGUUGGUUGUCAUCUUUUCCUACAUGUAUAUCAUGGCCGCCAUCCUGAAGAUACCUUCUGUUUCAGGGAGGAAAAAAGCUUUCUCCACAUGUGCCUCCCACCUGACAGCAGUCACUGUUUUCUAUGCAACCCUGUCAUACAUGUACUUACAGCCCCAAGCUAGUAAUUCCCAGGAGAAUAUGAAAGUAGCCUCUGUAUUUUAUGGCAUUGUGAUUCCUCUUUUGAACCCCAUGAUCUAUAGUUUGAGAAAUAAGGAGGUGAAAGAGGCUAUAAAAGUGAUGAGGAAAAAGUUCUUCUAGGUUGGACCCAAGUCAUUAAAAUUCAGCACUUCAAAGCAUCAAGUAAGGAUGUUUGACCACUAUUGAAUGUUUCUGAAGUUGGAAACACGUUCACGUCUUAA